CCCAUGGCUCACCACCCUGCAGCGUCCCUGGCCAGCGCGGGCUCCCCACUUCCGGCGCACAGAACGCGUCACUCAGGCGGAGUAUCACCACGCCAGGCGCUGCUCCGGUGACGUCUUUCCCGGAAGCGGCGCUGCUGCCCGGCCUCCUCUGCCCCGCCUCCGCCGCCAGGGCUCCCGGUUCCCCCGGCGGCGGCCGCUCUCUCAGCGAUAUGGCCGACAAGGGCUCCGAGGCCGAGGCCUGCCCGCUCAAGGCCGAGGAGGUGACCGUGGCGGCGGCGGCGCCGGCUGGGGGGCCUGGCGGUGUCGAGCCGGUUCCUCUGGGGAAGGCCCCGCGGCUGUCCCGGUGGCGCACGGCGGCCUUCUUCGGCUCUCUCUUCCUGGGCUUGUCCGUGGUCUUCGUUUUCUCCUUCAUCAUCCCCUGCCCGGUGAGGCCCGUUUCCCAGAGGACGUGGAGCAGGGCCUACGGCGGCGCCGCCACCUACAAGUUCCUGGCUGUGGGCGACGCAGACCAGGACAGCGUGAAGGACAUCAUCUUCGCUUUCCAAAGUACCAGUGGAGGCGAUGACAGGAGGAGCAGCAGCAGCAACAACAACAGCAGGAGCAGCACGAACCGCUCUUGCUCCGAUGAAGGCUUUGCCUCCCCCUGUGCCUUUCUGGUGGCUCUUUCUGGCAGGAAUGGGAGCACGCUCUGGCAGAGGCCUGUGGCAGAAGAUCUCCACUUGAUGGACUGCUCUGCUGAGCUUCCUCAUUCCCCUAGCUGCAUCGUGGUAGGGGCGCCAGACUCGAUAACAGCCAUUGACUUGAAUACAGGCCAGACUCAAUGGAAGCAGGCUGUCGACUUUGGAGCAAAUGCUACGGUGCUGAAUCCCUUGCUGGUGGUUCCAGAUCUCGAUGGGGAUGGUGUGUUGGACUUCUUGAUCUUCACUGCAGUGGAAGAGAAGGUUAAGUACUACUUCUUUUCGGGAAAGGACGGUGACCUGAUUGGAUCCAGUGGGAGCUUUAUUGUGUCAGGGUGGAUUGGGCACCUCCUGCUUGCCACCAAGACAGGUGCUCACUACGUGCUUUUCUGCACAGCAAACGCGUUGUAUGGCUACUCUGUGAAGGAGCUGCACCACAUCGCCAUUCGCAUGCCUGGCCACCGGAGGUUGGAUCUGGUGGAAGAUCUCCACUGGGAGAUGGCCAUCGACAGGUUCUCCCAUGAGGUGUCUCUGAUCAGCUCUGGAGAAAUCCUCUACCUGGCCAAGAUACCUGCCAAGUCGGGGGACGAUAUUCUGCUGGCGAGAUCAGAGAUCCUGGAGCUGCUGGACGGGCAACGGCUGGGCUCGACGUGGGCCAGCAACAUCCCGCACAUCCAGAGUGAGCCAGUGAUUGGGUCCUACAGUACCGACGCGGUGGACGUGCUCGUGGAAAGCAGAGUUGCACCCAACAAGAAGAAGGUUGUGAUUCUGCACGGCAGCUCCGGAGUCACUGCCUGGGAACUAGAGCUCCUCUCGAGAGCCGAGAGCCCCAGGCCCGCCACGCUUCCCACGGCUGACCACCGAUCCGCCUUCCUCUUCUGGGGCGCCUACGAGGGGGAAACGGCCAGGAUGGGCGGGGCAGGGGCCCUGCAGCAGAACCUGUACCUCUUCCAUCCUGCUGUCCCGGGUGUCCUCUUGGAGAUGACCAACAGCACGGAGCCUAUCGUUGCCUUCCAGACGGUGCUCUUGGAGCGGAACCGCCACGCCUGCUACUUGCUGCUGACGGGGCCCCGGGCCGGCGGGGCCCCGGGGGAGGUGAUGCUCUCCAAGCAGAAGCUGAAGGAGGACAUGGCCAGCAGCCGCGUGAUCCGGCUCAGCCAGCUGGCCUACGAUACAGAUCAGAGUAUCCGGGACCGCUUCCUCCGGAUGAGAUACCGCAGCCUGCAGUGAGCUCCUGGGAAGGGGAGCCGCCCGACCCCGGAGAGUCAAUAACGAGAUGGACUCCCAACGAAGGCUUUCUGCUCGACACUACCAAUCGCCGCCCAGCCUCGGCAAGGUCCCCUCUCCGGCCCGGAUUUCUGAGACUGUGGGGUGGGCUGGGAGUGGUCCGUGUCUGGCAUGUGGGCAGCUGGGCCCCUUUCCUGCACAGGCUACAUUCCCAGCAGCUUGGAGGGGGUUUCUGCCGGAUUCUUGGCGCAUGUGGAGGCACUGGGUUAGAUCACGAUCUGCUCUAACACAAGGUCCCUUGAGUGGCGCAGGAAGCGCUCGAACCAAAUGGACACCUGAAGGAAUGUAAUGCUCGGGGCGGGGGGAGGCGGAGCCCAUCUUGGCUCCUCCCCCUCCUGGGCAUCUCUGAAACAAAGCGUCCCCAUGCCGCCUUCCCUCCCAGGCUGGCUGAACCCACUUCCCACAGGGACAAGAGCCCCCAGACGGCAAGCAGCCCAGUGAAGUGGGGAGGUGGGCCCCCCUUUGACCAACACCGAGGCUGUAAACCGGGGUGCCCAGUGCACUUGACAGGCUGCCACUCUGGGCUUUCAGGCAGAGGAAGGUGCAGGCUUCCAGCCGCUGCUUUCUCUCUUGGAGCACUGCUGCUCCCUCUGGAGACGAAGAACCAUGAACCCACUGGUUCUGCCUCACAGUCUGAAGCUGCAGUCUUGGCCCAGCAGUCGUGUCUUGGAGGUGCGGCCUGCCCUCCUGAGACAGCGGGGCCCUCCCCCUGGCUCUCCAGGCCCCAGGCAGGCUGCCAGCAGAAUCCCCAGCACCACCAGCACUCCGGUAGCAUCACCCACUUGGCUGCUUGUGACCUGCUGAAGGGAAGGAGGCUUCCUUUUGGCCUGGAUUGGGGCUCUCUGGGAGGAGGGUGGAUGAUUCAGAGACGCUUGGAGCUUCUCAACUAACUUAUUGCAUCUGGGGCAGAUGGGGAAAGGGUCUCGCUGUUGCUGCCGCCACCACUGUGGUUUCAAUAAACUUGACUCCAGGACUCGGAAA